UCUGCCCAAUUUCUCUGAAUUAUUGAACCGCGUUUUUUGCCGCCCACCCUCGCGUCCAGUUUGCAUUUCUGAACCACCGUCUGUUGCUGCUGCGAGAACAUCAAUAGAAAUACAAUGUAUCCGCUCCGGCAAAGGGAUGAGCGGAUACCACCCAGCCGCACAUACUAUCCACAAGCCACACCCGGUUCCUCGUCUCGUCCGGCCACGGGAGGGUCCGAUAGCUUUGCACCUAGGCCAGGAAAUUCUCCGCAGGUGUCCCAUCCUCUGCCACCGCGCCCCGAUCCGCUCCAAUUUCCAAGGCCCCAUCAAUUCCGAGGGCGAGAACAUCCCUUCAGAGGCCAUCCUCAGCGUGGCGGCGCACCGAACUACUCUACACCUAGUGUAUCUAACUUCUAUCCAACGGCGACCAAGUCCACCUACCCAGACAUACACAGCUUUCUGGAUCUUCCUCAACACGAUGACAAUGACCAAGACUCUCGUCGCAUUGGCUCAAGGAUAUCCACCAUGAGCAUGCGCUCUUCUAGGGCAUCCGCGGCAAGAAAAUAUUCCACUCCCCAUUAUACUCCCCCUCCGGGUGGGAGAGUUCACCUGCGGGACGGAGAACUGGUGCAAAUGUCUGACGAUGAAGAUUCAGAUGACCUCAGAGUCACAAAGUCCAUCACGGGAUCAUCUCAGGUUGGCAGAAAGUCUACUAAAGUUGCUGCGCGGGGAAUCCUGUCUACAGAUGACUUGCCGGCAUCAUCCGCAGUCCGUACGACUACACCCCUCGCUGCUACCUUGGCCAGGCCUCAGAAAGCGAAGCGCAUGCAAGAAAUUGUCAUCAUCUCCAGCGAUUCUGAGGAAGAAGAUCCCCAAGAAGACCAAGCGGGCUUCCUGGCAGCAGCUGCAUCGUUCAGAGUGGGAAUACGCCUGCAAGUGCACAAGCGGGUGCCUUUCCUCUUGCAAAAUCUCCGUAAAUCUUUCACACGCACUUGUGAACUCAGAGGAGUACCUACUCUCCCGCCAAAACAGCCUGAAAAGGCUAUUAAAUACACUUAUCGCUUCCGUAUCCCACAAGACCUCUUCCCAGGACAAGUUCCCACUCCACGUUGGUCUGAGUAUCGUGAGCUGGUGACAGAAUGGCGGUGCCCAUUCUGUGAUCUGCUUGGCCGCCUGAACACAGAACAAAUGCUCCGCUAUCACCUUGCCCAAGGCCACGCUGAUGUGCAGAUGACGUGGAGAACAGAGGGUGAUACUGGGCAUUACACGUUUCAUCUGCCUGAGUUAACGCAAGAUGAACCAUCUGAAGACGAUGAAGAAGAAGAGGAUAUCUUGCGAGUGCAAGAGUCCUCAGACGACGAGUUAGAAUAUGUCGACCUGCCACCGAGAUUGCCAUCCCCUACAUCUACUGUCGAGGCUCCGGCUAAUGCCCGGCAACAUACAUCUGCCUCGCCGAUGCAAGUUGACGAGUCUGACACAGUCGAGAUCAACUCGCAAUCCUCCCGCACCACCCCGCCCACGUCAAUGAUUAACAUCGCGCUCAAGCACGAAGACGAGGAAAUCGCUCUUCAACGGCAACCCACACCACCCGGGCGCGUGCCGCGUACAGGCAUCACCGAGAUGGGCGAGCUCGUCCCUCCACCUGAGACCAAUCCCCUUGGGCCUGCCGCGGAACCCCCGCUUGAGUCGUGCCGCCCGGGUGGCCCGCGGAUCUAUGACCUGCUCAAUGAAUUGCCGCUUGAACCAUAUGGCAUACUUGCAUGGUCGAUCGUUGACCGCGAGGAGGAGAUCUAUGAGCUCGCGGACGUCAUGGAUGAGGACAAGGUGAUGAUGGCAUUGUGGAAUAGGUGGAUAUUUCUCAACCGGGUGAAGUUUACUUUCCAUCGCGAAGGCGAGACGUACCGUUCGGGCGUGCAAGCUUUUAUCGACGAAUACUACGUAAUGAUACAUCGUGCUGCUGGCUGGGCGGCGCUGAGGGCCUUCCUCAUCGUCCUGGCGGCUAACAAGUUCCUGAGUAUACGUGACGUGCUGAAGUUACUUUGUCACUAUGACAAGCAGGUAAAGAGGAGCGAAUGGUACAAAGUGAAACCUGCAGGCUUCACAUAGUAGUGGGCCGUUUGGGGCAUCAGAGAUGCUGGUAUCGUGCUACGCCUUCUAUGUACAUAACUCUACUUGGCGCGGUGCCGCGACAGUGCUAUUGUAGUCAUAUGGC